UACUACUACCCACGCCCGCAAAGCCAAAGCCAACCCAGCGCGUCGACGCGGGCACGACUCCUCCUCCUCCUCCUCCUACCUCUCGACCUCGAGCGGAACGCCUCUCGCCGGCGGCGGCGGCGGCGGAGGCGACUGAAGAGACCGGUUCGGGUGAGGAGCGGGAGGGGGGGCCGAGAUGGCGAUGCGGCACCUCAUCACCGGCCAGGGCAACUGCGCGCCGGACGGGGCGUCCUCGUCCAACCCCUUCGGGAACCUCGCCAACGCCAUCCUCGGCCAGUCGUCGAAAACGCAGGCAAUAAAGGAACUUCCUGGAUCUUCAGUUAAUGUUCCAACAACAUCUGAGUUUGGGGCAGCUGCUCCCUUAUCGACCAUCCCUGGUUCAGAGAAUGAAUUCAAGCAAGAUCAACUGCCACUUGCGCGGGGUGCUGAUUUCAUCCGUGGGGGUCCUUCUCAUGACUGGGUUGAAUCUUUUCGGCCUCCAGGACUCCCUGAAUUUGCGGGGCCAGAUGCAGAGUUUAAAGAAUUUGAGCAAAUUUUUAACAACACAGGCCCAACCUUUGGACCACCAGUCUUGGAUGGUCCACCACAAAGGGUCUUAUCUGGGGUUUUACGUUCUUUCCUAUCAAGUGGUCAAGCUGGUGUGCCAUUUCAACCUGUUCCAGUACCAGCGCUUGGUUUGUCUGAAAGUGACAAACAAUGUAUACGUGACCGUAGCUGCAUUAUGGCACGCCACAUUUUGGCUGACCAGCCUGAAGAAUAUAUACAAGCACAGGUAAACACAUUGCUGCAUUCACUUGAUAUUGACAGUAAUUAUCGAAUGAAAGGACCCAUGCAUGGACCAUACCCAGAGAUGGAGGAGUAUUGGAAUCAGUCCCAAAGUGCUAUGAGAUCUGCUCCAAUGCAUAAUGCUGCAGAUAAAUGGAUAACUGAGUUUGGCAAGCAAAAUAAUAACCCUGAAGAUUGGGCUCACUCUUUUGAGCAACAAUAUGGUCCCAGUGGUUGGGCCUCUGAGUUUGAACAGCAUCAGUCUCAGAUGGCCAUGACAGGAGGAGUGAACAUGGCAAACCUGGCAGCUAUGGAGCAAUCUCGAAUGCUUGCACAAACAUUAGCAAGUAAUAAUGAUCCAAAAUUUCAGAACUCUAAAUUCUUCCAGUUUGUUUCAAAGAUGAGCCGUGGUGAACUUAUUAUAGAAGAUAAUCAAGUAAAACAAGGUUCAGCAUCCCAAUCCAGUGGCUGGGCUGAUGAAUUUCAAACCCAGCACAAUGCUAAUGCAAACUCUUGGGCGGAUCAGUUUGUUCAUGAGGAGAUGUCGCAAGGAGCAGAUAAGUGGGCUAGUGAGUUCUCUAGUGAGUAUAAUCAGGGUGGCCUCAAUGAUAACUGGGUUGAUGAGUUCUCCAAAUUGCGUGUUGAUGAUGAAUGGGCAGAAGAGUUCAGUGGAGGAGCAUUUGGUGAAAGCUCUGCUGAUCCAUGGGUAGAUGAGUUCCAGAACCAAUUAUCAGCUUCCAAACAAAAUUCUGGUGCAUCUCGAGGCGUUUAUGUUUUUUCUGACAUGAACCCGUACGUUGGUCACCCCAAUCCAAUGCAGGAAGGCCAGGAACUUUUUCGCAAAGGCCUCCUAAGUGAAGCUGUUCUUGCUUUAGAGGCUGAAGUUUUGAAGAAUCCUGAUAAUGCUGAAGGUUGGAGAUUACUUGGAAUAACACAUGCUGAAAAUGAUGAUGACCAACAGGCAAUCGCAGCAAUGAUGCGUGCACAAGAAGCUGAUCCGAAAAACCUAGAAGUUCUUCUUGCACUUGGUGUUAGUCACACAAAUGAGUUGGAGCAGGGAGAAGCAUUAAGAUAUCUUCAUAGUUGGCUUCAGAAUCACCCCAGAUAUGGGGGUAUCGCCCCUCCACAGCCAACUGAUUCACCUUAUGGUCCUGAUGUUAUUAGAUUGUUUAAUGAGGCUGCCCAAAUGUCACCUGAGGAUGCUGAUGUCCAUAUAGUUCUAGGAGUCUUGUACAACCUAUCAAGAGAAUAUGAUAAAGCUAUAGCUUCUUUCAAGACAGCACUGCAGCUAAAACCACAAGACUAUUCUCUCUGGAACAAGCUUGGCGCUACCCAAGCAAACAGUAUCCAGAGUGCUGACGCAAUAUUAGCCUAUCAGCAGGCUCUGGACUUAAAGCCCAACUACGUACGUGCAUGGGCUAAUAUGGGGAUUAGCUAUGCCAACCAGGGUUUGUAUGAAGAUUCUAUUCGAUACUAUGUAAGGGCGGUGGCUAUGAAUCCAAAAGCUGACAAUGCCUGGCAGUACUUGCGGAUUUCUCUUAGCAACGCUUCACGAGCUGACAUGAUCGCCGCAUGCGAUUCCCGCAACCUGGAUGUUCUUCAGAAAGAGUUUCCCCUAUGAGUACCAACACCCUAGUUCCUAGACAUAACACUUGCUCCUCAGGUCCCCGUGAUACUUGGCAAAAUGGGGGCUGCGCAUUUUGGAAUUGAUGAAAUUGCGUCAUACCGGUGCCGUUGCGUUGUGGUUUCUGGCUCGUGUAUGUUAAUUAGUUGUUCCAUGUUUAAGAAGGCGCGACAUGUAUAUAAAUUCAAGAUCAGAACCCAUUCUUCCGUAGGUGGGAAUCCCAAGGCAGAAGGCAAUUGUAACUGGCAAACAUCACAGGUAUCUGUAUACAAGAGACAAUCAAUAAAAAAAUGUUAGAACAAAAUCUGUCAAGAGCUAACAUGUUCUUGUAGUGGACUACAAAAAAUAAAGUGAAAGCAGGUUUCAGCAUAUGUUUGCAUAAUAGUAACUCAAUUCCUUUUAGGGAUUUUUGUGUAUUAAGGAUGUAAGUUGGGAGUGUUGGACGAAUCCCAGCGAGUAUUCGCAUAGAGUAACCUGUAAGGCCGACUGGUUUCCAUACUACCUCC